GUCCAACCAAUGAGCGAGCGUCUUCUAUCAGCGGCUGGCCAAUAGGAGCCGGUCUUUACAGGGAGCCACUUCCGGCCAAGUCAUCCCAGUGAGAGUCCACGCUCUUCUUUCUCCAUCACAAACUCAUCCAGCGAGCUGCUCCUCCACUUCUGACCCCGCCGUGCUGCGCUGUGCUCCGCGGCAGGACGGAGAGACACCCGCGCUGCUUUAGCUCCUUGUUCCUCGUUUAGUUCUUUCUUUCAAACAGUCUCCCCUGGUUUCAUUUUCCUUACGAGCCGAGUCCAGCAAGAGGCGCUGGUUAGUCGCCGAGCGUCCACCUCCCGCUCGGCUCUACCUCCCGGUGUUAAGCUAGCUAACGCACCCGCGGCCGCCAGACCCCUCCAAGUCCCUCCAUCCGCGCGCCGACAUGCCGGUGUACCUGGAGGACCCGUCUGUGCUCACCAAGGACAAGCUGAAGAGCGAGCUGCUGGCCCACAGCGUGGAGCUGCCGGGCGGCAACCCCACCAAGGACGUGUACGUGCAGCUGUACCUGAAGAACCUCACCGCCCAGAACGAGAAGCAUGUCGCGGACACGACGUGGGACGCGUUCUCCAGCGACGAGGAGCUGCCGCCGCCCGUGGUCUCUAGCAGAAGUCGCUCCUCCGGCAGAAAAGCCACCAGAAAAACUGACAAGGUGCAGCCAGAUGAGCUGGAUGUGACCAUGCUGACCGACGAUGGCCUGAGGGACGCGCUGAUCAAGCACGGACUGGAUGUGGGGCCAAUUGUGGCUACCACCCGUAAACUGUACGAGAAGAAACUGCAGAAGCUCCUGGACAACGGCCCCGCACAGCCACCACUGCCAGAGCUGGUCCUCGCCGAGAUUCAAGUCAACCACAACGGCCACUCUGAAACCGAGCUCUACAGUGACAAGGAGGAUGAAGUGACAGCUGCACCAGAACCUGAACCUGUGGCAGAGCCUGAACCAGCACCACCAGUGGUGGAGAGACCGGUGAGGAGCCGAGGGAAGACGCCCGUCACUAGCCGCACCCGCAGCAGCCAGCACCAAACGCAGAUAGUGCCUGAGGAUCUCAGGCCUGUUCUGAGAGAACCUGUUUAUUUAGAGUAUAACAGGAAAGUUUACGACAAGCCUCAGAGUCCUGCCAAGGCUGAACCUCCCUCUGCCUCGUCCGUGCGUGUAAAGAAGUCAAAGAGUCGGCCUGAGGAACGCGGUCGACAGCCAGCUGCCAACCCUUCAUCUCCUCUGGUUCACCUCACCAGAGUCAACAAAGUGAACUUUAGCACCAUGUGUGACAUCUCCCCCAUUAAGAGUCAGGAGUUCCCCUGGACUGUCUCAGACCAGACUGGAUUUAAAGUCAGCGGUGUGUCUGCAGCAGGGGAGGAGUGUGGCCCUCCAGACAUCCAGCUGCAUAAAAGGAGGCAGGAGAAAAUCACCAGCUUCCUGUCCACGUGCAGCCCUAUGAGGACACACAACUACACAUCCACUCUGUCAGACGAUGUGUUAGUGAGACAGGUGGAGAAGAUCACAGCCAGCGACCAAAACCCAAAAGUGGAGGAGAAGGAUGUUCUGAGGGAGCUGUACCCCAGUGACUUCAACAGUCCAACAGGAAUCAACGCCACCUGUCGGCGACCCAUCCGCGGAGCUGCCGGUCGCCCGGUGAAGCCCAGUGACCUGUGGAAUGACGAAAAUGGCCUCUUCUCUCCAAAAUUAACCAAGACCAGCAGCUCAUCCUCCUACACAGAGAGCCGCACUGUCAACAGAGUCACCGGCCUGCCCCCCUCCGCCACCUCCCCCUCCUCUGCCAGGCUCCUGUCUGCAGCUCCCCCUGCAGUUCAGACCAAAGCAGUGCGCUCCGGCAUGUCUCUGUGGAUUAAGCUGUUCCUGCUAGCCAUCGUGGCUGCCUUCCUGUUCUUGGUCUACCAGGCCAUGGAGACCAACAGCAUCAGCCCUUUUGUAGCCCCAGACAAAGAAGUGGCCAGUGGUAGCACAAAAUAGAGAGCACAGUGUCUGAUGGGAAAGAGAAGCCCAUUUGCUCCUAUGUUUUUCCUUUUUUUUUUUUUUUUUUUAAAGUGUGAAUCUGCAUUGUAGCCAUUUUGUUGACGGGUGCUGUGAAGUUACCUCUGACAUCAUCACCCCUAUGUCGUAGUUUCCUUCUUUGUUUUCCUUCAUGCCGGAAUCAGUUUUCAUUGAAUCCCUAAAGAGGCGCGACAACAGUUUCAGAGACGUUUCCAAGGAUCUCCAUGACAUGUGAAAAGACAGUACAGCAUCUGCAAUUGUUAUUUUGGUCCACCCAUGACCCUCGACCUCACCGUCCUUGAGGUUACAACAAAGCCAGCCACCAGUCAACUUUUAGAGACACAAACACAGUAGGCAUCACUAAAAUAUGUGGACUCACUUUUUAUUACCUUGUUUUAUUUCAGACUUGCAGUGUGCAUGAGUGUUUGUGUGUGUGUGUGAGUGAGUGAGUGUACUGAAUGUAUGAGAUACUCUUUUCACUCUUUGCCUUGGGUUUUGUCUCUGUUAGUCAUAAAAGGCCUUGAAGAUGGAAUCUGAACCUGUAAUGUUUUGUACUUGACCAUCUUUGUUAAUGAGACAGGGAGGCUUGUUAUUGUAACCCAAAUACUUCUAAAUCUUCUCAAACAUUAUGCCAAUAUUUUCUUAAUGUUCUCUUAUAUUAAAAUUGAAUGUCCCAGUGUAUUCUACUUUAUUAUGUAUCCACUGUCACAAAUAUUAAACAUCUACUCAAUAAACUA